CUAGGGUGAAAACUUUCAUUUCCUUCUUUGUUUUCUUAAUAAAACCUACACGCAACUGUUCAUGAGGCGAAAGUUUCAUUAGAGCCUCGAUUAGAAUCUUAACGUUAGGUUUUAAUCUUUCAAGACUUUGCAGCCUUUGCCACUAACGUUAUAGCGUUCAUCGUCUCCACUUUGUGAUCUACCUGCAUUACUGUUGUGGUCAGAGAGCAGUGCGGCCGCCAGAUGGCAGCAGUGAUCACUGAAGAUAACGUGUACAGCGAGGCUGAAGUGAACGGUGCGCCCCCUGCUGAUGGAGAUGAUCAAGUGCAGCUGCGCGGUCCUGAGGGAAACAUUCAGGGACAGGUGGAGGAGUUUCUCGGCCCACAUCCUGACUACGAUGAGGAGGAGGAGGAGCGCAAGUACUACAGACGAAAGAGGCUGGGUGUAGUGAAGAAUGCGUUGGGGGCCAGUUGCGGAGGAAUGAUCAUCUACAGUGUUUACAUGGGUCUGUUACAGAUGCAGUUAAUUUUGCACUACGAUGAGACCUACCGAGAGGUCAAGUAUGGCACUUUAGGGCUGGAGGAUAUCGACAACAAAAUGCUGAUGGGCAUCAACGUUACACCUAUUGUCGGCCUGCUCUACACGCCGGUGCUCAUUAGAUUUCUUGGCACUAAAUGGAUGAUGUUCCUGGCAUCAGGCAUCUAUGCUCUCUUUGUUUCAACCAAUUACUGGGAGCGAUACUACACUCUUGUACCGUCAGCUGUGGCCAUUGGUGUUGUCAUUGUUCCUCUUUGGGCAUCACUGGGAAACUACAUCACCAGAAUGGCCCAGCAGUAUUAUGAGUACGUGAACUACAAGGACGAACAUGUCCAGGAGCAGAAGAAGCCCCCCAAAGGAGCCUUCCAUUCUUACAUCAUAAUUUUCCAGUCCGUCUUCUACAUUGUUUUCCAUCUGAGUUACGUGUUUGCCGAGUUCCCCAUGGUGCUGUUCCUCAAUAACUAUCUGAAUGAUUACAAACACACUCUCUUCAAAGUCACACAGUGUGGAGCCUCAGGCAAAGGGGUGAUAGAGAAUUUAAAUAAGACAGUUUUGCACAGCUUGCCUCGCUCUCUGUUGCUCAUCGAGGUCGAGAGUGUGCUCAUGGGAGCAGCCUUCCUCGCCAUGCUCAUCUUCCUGGUGUUGUGUGGAGCUGCAUAUCGGCCCACAGAGGAAAUUGACCUUCGCAGUAUUGGCUGGGGGAACAUCUUCCAGCUGCCCUUCAAGCACUUACGAGACUACCGUCUCCGUCUGCUCUGUCCGUUCUUUGUCUACUCUGGUUUUGAAAUGCUCUUCGCCGUCCAGGGACUCAUACUGUCAUAUGGAGUGUGUGCAGUAGGGAUGGAGAAGCUGUGGUUGUUAGUUAUGGUGUAUGGUUUGUCAUCCUCCAUCUGUUCGGGCCUGUCCCUGACGCUGCUGCGAUUGCCCAGGCCGAUUAUUCUUCUGGUGGGCGCCUUCGUGCACUUUGUGCUAAUCAUAACCCUUAUGUGCUGGUCGCCCCAACCACAAACACCUAGCUAUCUUCCAUAUCUGUUGGUGCUCUCCGCCCUGUGGGGUCUGGGAACUGCGCUCAACAAGACUGGACUGAGCACUCUGCUGGGGAUGCUGUAUGAAGACAAGGAGCGACUAGACUUUGUUUUUACUAUCUAUCAUUGGUGGCAGGCCAUUGCAAUCUUCAUCGUCUAUCUUUGGUCUGCAAUGCCUAUGCGGGCUAAGCUUGGACUCCUGUUGUUGACUCUCAUAGUGGCAUGUUUCUGCUACGUGCAAAUGGAGCGUCGCCUGGCGAAGAAAAUUCCGUUCAGGUUGCCACGGAUUCCCCGUCCACGACACAAGGUCAAAGGUUACCGAUACCUUGAGGAAGAAGAUUCUGAUGAAUCCGACACAGAUCUGAGUGAUGCUGAUGAUGAUGAGAAAGAUGAGGAUGAGAGAGGGUUAGUUGAGGAGGACAGAAAUACAGACGUCGAUUCCCAGGGUUCACCAGGACCGGAGAGGAGCAGGGUUAGGGACCGCAGGAGGAAACACGACAACGCUGCCUACGAACAGGCAGGAGAGAGAGAGGACUAUGUCCAACACAUAAGGGACUAGAAAAGGAGAGGUGAAAAG